AUGCGCCUCUUCCUCGUGCCCGUCUCGACGCGGCGCACGCUCCUGUACGCGCAGCGCCUCGGCGUCACUACCAAGGAGCAGGCCGCGGCGUCGCCGCUCGAUCGGGCCGUCGCCUUCGCCGCGCGCACCUGGGCCGGCUGGGAGAAGCGCGAGCGCGGCUGGCAGCGCCGCGUCGUCGACUACGGUAACCACGCGUUCCGCCGCAUCCCCUUCCCGGAGUGGGGGCUCAAGUCGGUGCCGCCGCUGUCGGCGCGCCGGCGCGCCGAGGAGCUCGCCGGCCGCGACGACGGGGGCAAGGUCGAGGUGGUCUUCCCCGCGUCGGUCAUCCCGGAGGCGGAGGUGGAGAGCGUGGCGCGGAGGCUGGCGACGGAGCGGCAGGCGCUGCACCGCAGGCAGAUGAUGUGGUGCUUUGCGGGCAUGCCCAUCACGCUCCCGUUUGCGCUCGUCCCGGUAAUACCGAACCUACCCUUCUUCUACCUCGCUUACCGCGCCUUCUCCAACUGGCGCGCCAUCGCCGGCGGCAAGCACGUGCAGUGGCUGCUCGACAACAAGCUGCUGGUCCCGGCACCGUCCAAGGCGCUCGACCUGGUGUACGCGCAGUCGCGCGCGCUCGUCGGAGGCGGGAAGGCAAAGGUCGACCCCGAGGCCAAGGAGGAGAUCCUCCUGACGCACGCGCAGAUUCGCACGUGCACGGACGCUCUGGGGAUUCCCGAGCUGGAGACGGAGCUCGACAGGGCCGUCUGGCAGAUCGAGGAGGAGUUCAGAAAGGAGGAGCAGAAGAAACAGGCCGGCGCGUCUUCUUCGCCGAGUAAACCGCCAGAGGAGAAGAAGACCGGGGCGAACGACAACAAGAAGAAUCAGUAA